UCGUACUGUGGGGGAGAUGAGCAACGACAGGUAUCCAGUGGAGGUGAAAGCGCUGGGCUUGCUGAAGCACGGAAAACAGAAGGUCUGGAUGCUUUCUGUCGCCUGGUCAGAUCAAAACAACAUUCUUAUCUACAGGGCGUUUGAAGAAUUUAAGAAACUCCAUAAAGAUUUGAAGAGAAAGUUCCCCAUUGAAAGUGGUCUGUUGAAGAAGUCUGACCGGACGAUCCCGAAGUUCCAAGACAUCAAUGUGAUGCUGAGGAAGAACCAGAAGCUGAGCAGGUGUAGGGAGAGUCUGAGAUUGCUGGAGAUUUAUUGCCAGGAGCUGCUGAGGACAGAAGCCAAGAUCUCUCAGGGAGAAGACGUCAUCCAUUUUUUUGAAGCGCAGAGCCGAGAUAUGGACCCUUCUUUUCCAGAGAACAGCAUUGUAAUUUUGCCUUCUGAAAUGGGCGAGAGGAGGACAGAGACAGCCCACCCAUCCAGUGCAACCAUCACGCAGCCGGUCAUCUCCCAGAGUUACAGGUGCGUCGAAGCCUACGAAACCAAAGACACAAACAACAAGCCCUUCAAAGCCACCAAGGAGGAAAUGCUUGAAGUCCUCAUGAAGGACAUGACGGGAUGGUGGCUGGUAGAAAACGACCGAAAGCAAAUUGCCUGGUUCCCGGCCCCAUACCUGGAAGAGUCAGAGGACACAGCCGUUGUCAGGGAAACUGAGGAAGAAGGGAUGCUGCACUAUGUCACGUGGCCGUACAAGGCCAAGAAGUUGGACGAGCUCUCCGUGAAGAUGGGGGUUGUGGUGGAAGUGUUGGAGAAAUCAGACAACGGCUGGUGGCUUGUCUGGUACAACGGGAGCGCUGGCUACGUCCCCUCAUUGUUCCUCCAGCCGUACAGAAACCCCUACAGCAAAUUCCUGGCUCUUGCCAACAGCAACCUGGGCCGCUCUACCCCUAACCUGUCUCAAGCUACUAGUCCCUUGCGCAAGAGCUCCCCGAGCCAUCAGAGAAGCUAUGAUGGGGGUGUUGCCCAGGCUUAUUCAACCAAUAGGAUGACAGAAGGGAAAGAAGAGAGCCCCCCAAGUAGAGCAAGAUCCCGCUCUCUAAGUGGGUCUGUGGUUGUAGCCGGCUUUGGGCAGAUGAGCGAGACCAACAGCUUGUCUCAUAGCUCAGGAAAUGUGAGUGGACAUGGAUAUUACUGGCCCCAGGAUCCUGAGGCCAAGAGGGUGGGGAACAACCCCCCUAUAGAUACCCUUCUUCACUGUGCCUCAGAGAGUCAUGGCAGUCCCGCCUUAUCUCUGGGGAGCAAGGAACAAAGUGACUCUGCUUUUGAUGAAGAACCUCUGGGCUGUUCUGAUCAUUUGCGUAACUCCUCAGAUUCUGAGCCCACUCCUGAUGGUCCAACAAUACCCCCACGCCCUCUGCCCCACGAAAUCCUCCAGAAGUGCACCACCAUCACCAGGAAAGCCCUGCUAGGGGUCCUGCCUGCUGCCUGCUCUCAAGGCUGCCAUUAAAGGGCAGCGUAAAGCAAACAGGGCAAACAAGCGGAAGGCUUCAGUAGCUGGGCUUUACAAAUCGCACCUGGAUGAAGUGCCAGCUGACAAGUAAAUGAACAGAGACAGCUGCCCAUGCACAUUUAGAACUUGGAGCCUUAAUGCAUGAAGAUCCUAGCAUUAAGUGGGCAAAUCAGGGGCGAGGAACCUUUUCUGGACCUGAGGUUUAAGACCACCACAGGGCUGUUUGCACAAGGGCUUUCAAACAGCCCCAUGCCACAGCUUUGGCUGUUCGCACCUAUUCCCAGCAGGGGAAUGAGUGCACAUAGCCAAACUGAGCAGGACUGAACCUUCCACUCACGAGCUGAAGAGCAGAGGGUUCAAUCCUGCUGGCUACAGGGGUCUGCUUCUCCAGCGUCUUACCCACAGGGCAAAUGUAAGCAUUUCUUGCAGGCCUCUUUGCCUGAUGAACAGGCUCAUCUAGCCCUUUACGCAGUAGCCUUCUCCAAGUGGGGGCUGACGGGAGAGUCGCAGGACAAAAACCCUUAAGAGUACCAGGUGGGAAAGGCUGUUUAUACAGGAAGAGCUUGAACCAUCCACCUUUAUAGUUGUGAUUUCCCAUGCAUCGCCUUGGGACAGGACCAGGGAACCUGUGGCCCUCCAGCUGUUGUUGGACAACAGUGCAUCAUCCUUGGCCUGUGCUGAUGGGCCUUGGAGCCCAACAUCUGGAGGGCCACAUGUUUCCCCAUUCCUGGCUUUAGGCUGACCCUGGUGAAGGCUGCUGAUGUGAAGAAAUGGACCAAUUAACUGGAAUGGAGGAAUUUUCUCAGAACAUCAGUGCCUAGAAUUCUCUCCAUGGUCGUGUGUGGCUUGGCUUGCUUGCUUGAGUCAUCUCAGUGCUUCUGAUGUGCAAACACCUUCUCUAUAGUUCAUCUGCUCUGUUGAUUGGGAUUGGGGUGGAGUCUGGCAGGUAAGAGACUCUUACCUGACCAAAUGUGGUGGUAGCCUAGAUGAUUUUUUGAUCCCUCCCAAGUCCUCGCAGUUUCUUUUGGUGGUGAAAUCAAAGUUGGUAUGGUUAAUUUAGUUAAUUUUACCUGGCUCAGCUUACACGUUAACGUGAUCUUACCUUUCCAGAAUAUAUGAGAUGAAGCAUAACUUGCUCGGGAUUGCAAGUUCUCUAGAAGGCAAACUCCUUUCCCACCAUCAUUCUUUCAGUCAGCUGAUCAAAGCUUAAAUAAAACUAAGACUGAAAUUCCAGAACAGACUUUCUAGGCAGCAACUCCUCUUGAACCUUCCCAAGCCUGGUGCCUUCCAGAUGUUUUGGACUACAGCUCCUAUCAGCCUCAGAUGGCCAGGCUGUCUGGGACUGACGGUAACUGUAGCUGGAAUGCCAGUUUUGCUAGAAACCGCAGGACGGGAGAGUGCUGUUGCGCUCAGGUCCUGCUUGUGUGCUUCCCAUUAGGGCAUGCACGUGGCCACUGUCAGAACAGGAUGCUCAACUAGAUGGGCCUUUGGCCUGAUCCUGCAGGGCUCUUAUGACGUACUUAAAACAUCUGGGGAGUACCAGGUUGGGGAAGGGCUCUAUAGGCCUUGCUUCUGAGUAAUCAUGUAUCGAUUGCAGAACUAAUUAUGUAAAUAUUUGGUUGUUUUUAAAAACCCAUACCACUAUGGUGAUAACACACUCUUUUCCUCUAAAGAAUGCAGUAUGUUGUCAUUGUUGU